GGUUGGCAGCGCCACCGCAAGGCAACCAAGGAGUCAAAGUUGAGCCGAGAAGCGCGGUGCGCGCACAGUUUUUCCAACUUGGGGUAGACCGGAGAUGGAGGAGCACCUGCCCCAAUGUGGGCGCAAAGGUGUCAAUCAUAUGAGCGCAUCGAAAUGGCUGCAAAAUCAAACUCAGUGAACAAAUAGCAACUACUCAAGCUGAAAUCAAAAUUCAAAGUUUGAACGCCCUAGGAGUUUCGGCAGUUCUCAGUACAAACUACAGAAAAACACACGGGUGACAACGCUAAUCCCCCAAAAAACAAAAUACAACACAAACGACGAAAGGAACAUAAUCAGAAAACCGACGAAGGAUAAGCGUACAGGAUGUCAGGGGCUGCAGAACACUCAGAUGAAGAGUCCUAUGCAGAGGAGUCCUUCGAGGAGGACUCGGAGUCGGAGGUGGAGGUGGAGGAAGAAGAGGUUGAGUAUAUCGAGCCAGAGGUGUCAAAUCCAAGUGACGCUCUUCUGUUGGAGGAGAGCGACACCCAAAGCGAGAGCGAUGUGAAAGCCGAGUUUUUUAGCGGCAACGUAAGUCCUCCUCUACAGGAGCUGACUAUUUCCGAGUUCAGUCUUAAUCCGCAAACUGCAUCGCGCCCACAGCCACACGCCCGUCGCCAGUUGGGCGCCCGAAUGGUGUCCUACCUGAGUUCCUCCUCCGAUGACGAAAGCCAAGUGGUCAUCACCAAGACGGUAGCCGAGGUAAAUCAACUAAUUCUGCGAAUGGACACGCCUCCGGAGGAUGAGACGCCCUCGGUGCGCACUCUGAUGCCAGGCAGUGCCCAUUCCCAGGUUAAGGAUGAGGACGAGGGUGAAGACGAGGAUGAUGACGAGAUCGAUGACGAGGAUGAUAACGAAAAUGAUGACGAGAAUGAUGACGAGGAUGCUGAAGUCGAGGAAAUCGAAGAAGAGGAGGAAGAAAUUCCAGGAGACGAAGACGACGCCCAAAGCGAUGGAUCCAUGGGUCGUCAAUCCGCCGACGAGAGCGACGAGGAUGAGGGCACAGAUGUGGAAGUGGAGCAGCUGGAGGAGGAUGAACCAAUUGUAACAGCUGUGUGCGAAAAGCCGGUCCAGAAGGAGAUGCCACCGGCCCAGAAGGACAUUGUUUCGCUGGUGGAUGCCAGUGACAACAGUAGUGAGCACAGUGUGGCCACCAUGUGUGCAGCAGGAGACGAAACAGACAACACCUUAGCGGAGUCUCCCAGAUUACGAAAGCAGCAACCAGUUACUACAAAGGAAUCGCUAAAGGAGCAGGAAGAACCGGAAGAUCAAAUAGAAGAUCACAUGGCUAAGCACAAUGCACAUUUAAAUAGUUGUGAUUCGUUGCCCACAUCACAGCCCGAUCUGGCUAGGGUUCGGUACCUGGAGCAGCAGAUGACCCAGAUGUCGGAAUUGAUCAUGAAGUCGUUCCAGAUCAAUGGAGGAGCGCCAAAUAGCCAAGCCUUCGAACAGCUUGCCAUGGCCACGGAAAUGUUGCAGCAACGUAGUGACAGGCGCGGUGACACUGAAUCCGAGAUGUCAUCGAUGACGGAAACGACUAUGACCAGUGCCAGGAGCUUGGGUGGAGGAAUUCGUCCCCUGAGGAUGCGGAUGGAGCGUUCUCAAGAGGCACUACUCACGACGCGAUCUUCCAAGCUACUCAGACCCAAAUGCAGAUGUCCCUCGGAAGCGGAUUUAAUCGAACACGAGCAGGAACUGGAUUUGGGUCACGAGUUGCCACAUGACCUGGCAUCGAACGUCGGCUUGGACAUGGGAAUGGGCGAAGGCUACCUCGUAGACGAAUGUGGCCAGGGCGAUGGACUCAUGAGGCAUCCACAACAGCGCAAACCAAUGGAGUUCAACAGGCGAGCGGUUAGCGGAACUCCAAGCACCUUCACCAGCGGCGGUUGCGAGUAUCAAAUCAAUGUAUCGCGUUCCCGCUGCUCCAAUGAUAAGAUUAACUAUAAAAACCUUGGGCGCAAAAGCUUUAGCUUUACGAAUCCCCAAGUGCGCGAGAUCGAGCGCCAGAAUCAGAUUCUUCUGCGCAAGAUGAUGACUGUGAAGCCCACGGCGACGAUCAAGGCCAGCACCAGUAGUAUAAAGAUCAAUGGGCCCGAGAAGCGACAGACACCUCCGGCGCCGCGACUCACCAGCGCUGCUGUAAACCGGAAGAAGAAUCAGCGCCAGAUCGAUCUGGACAACGAUCUGCUCAAGCGGAAACUGGAGGCCAUCGGCACCCGGCGACCGCAAUUCAAGUGACGCCUCCUCCACGGGCAGCUCCAACUGUGUUCAUUAAGUAAUUAAAAGUGUUUAAUGCGAAU